AUGUACCAAUUGGACUAUGAUGAAGGUCAAUGGAAUGAAAUUUUACACACUAGAACAUGCUUGAGAAAGAGCAACGCACAACAAGGGGAUUUUCUAAAGGGCUAUGCAGGCCAAGACAUUUUUGCUUCACCCUUAGGAAAGGUUGACAUAAACGACCUUCCGAUACAUCAACUUCAAAAUUUGAAGAUGAUCAGGAUGAUGAGGAUGGUGACAUGGGUAGGGGAUGAUGUGAUGGCGGACAAGUCUCUCUCUAGCCCCCUGCCACCACUGCAAAGGCCGCUGCCCCUGCUCGAAACGCUCCCUUCUUUGUUCUCUGUUCCCACCGCUGCUGCCCUCGCCACUGUAAAAUCCGCCGCCGCUGUAAAAGCUGCCGCCGCCGCUACUCGAAUCACAAAUUUCUAUUCCAGAUAUGACGAUAGGCAGCAGAAUCUGUUCUCUGACAGGUUUGCACUAAACCCCAAUGCUUGCACACAGGAGAUAUCCGAGUUAAAAUUCAUAUGGGAUGCGGAGUAUAACCUCAUGAUCCGGAAGAUCUACGACCAUUGGACAGCCAAAUGUUUUCAGCAGAUGACGAGUGAUGACCAAUCUUUAUCUGUGGAAUGCAAAUCCAAAGAGCUAAGCAAUUCUUGCACCGAUGAAAUUACCAGUUUUGAAGAGAUGCUAGGAAGCAUCAACGAUGAAACCUUUUCACCGAAACUUUCUUCAUCAUCUUCAAUUUUAUCCUUAAGGUCUCAGAUUCUGUCCUUUGAUAACUCAGACUCGUUAUCAUCGUCUCCAUCCAAUAAUACGACAGAAUUUUAUGAGUUGAAAAACACCUUAAACCAAAGACAAGACUCAGUUGAAACUCCAAAUAAUAAUAAUAAAAAGAGUGAUUCCUUGAAUACACAAAAUGUGGAAGCAAAGAGUACCUCAACACUUGGUAAGAGGUCACCAUCUCAUGCUCACGAUCAUAUCAUAGCUGAGAGAAAGAGAAGAGAGAAGAUCAGUCAGAGUUUCAUUGCUCUUGCAGCCCUUGUUCCUGGCCUCAAGAAGAUGGACAAGGCUUCUGUGUUGGGGGACUCUAUCAGGUAUGUGAAAGAGCUGAAAGAGCGUUUGGCAGUGCUCGAAGAAGAAUCCAAGAAAACAAAGGCGAAAAAAGCAGAACAACUCCAUGGUCAUGGUGCUGCUGUGUUCUCCUCGUUAUGCGAAGAGACCAUUGAUGGUAGUCUUCCACAGGUUGAAGCAAGAGAGUGGGGGCAACAAGUGUUGCUUCGAAUCCACUGCUGGAAGGAAGAGGGCAUUUUGGUCAGAAUAUUGUCUGAGAUUCAAAGCCUUCAAUUGAUGCUUCUUAAUAGCAGUGUCUUAUCAUUUGGAGAUUCCAUUCUUGACAUAACCAUCAUUGUUCAGGCGGGCGAAGGUUACAACUUGACCCUUAAUGAACUUGUCAAGAACCUACGCACCGCUACUUUGAAACUCAUGUCAUAGUCACAAUGCGAGUGACAUGUGCCCUACCUUGCAAGAAAAACUCACUGAUGAAAUGGGUUCUUUAGUUAAAUAAUUCAUCUAAGUGUGUAAUUAGACUAGACAUUGGUUUUGAAACCAACAUAUGAUUUUGUAAA